UGUCUGUGAUUGGCUGAUUACGUGGUCAUGUGGAUCGAGAAUAAUAUGUCGUCCUUUUGCGACAUACUUCACGUUUAGGGGAAUAAUAUUUGGGUUACAGAAUGAACUUGUAAUAGUUUAACGGUCGAUACCAAUUUUUUUUGUUUGUUUAUUCUUCAGGGUUAUGCCUGUCAACUGUAAAACCGAUGCACUUUCAACUGCCUUCUUCGUCCUGGCUAACAAUGGAACAGCCAGGAAAACAAUACGAUGCAUUCCAAUUAUUUGUGUACUAACUUUAUAAAAUUAAGUUUUGUUUUAAACGGCUAUGGCGGUUGUUGGAGCCAGAUCAAACCGACACAAUAUUAUGGCUUUUCCGGGUAUGACUGCUGCAACUUCCCAACAAGCUAUCCUUGCAGCUACGCAAACUUUCUAUCAUCCACCUAUAACAACACAAGAUAUUCAACCCGACAGACCGAUAGGAUAUGGAGCAUUUGGAGUUGUUUGGUCUGUGACUGAUCCAAGGGAUGGUAGGAGGGUAGCUCUAAAGAAGAUGCCAAAUGUCUUCCAAAAUUUGGUUUCCAGUAAAAGAGUGUACAGAGAAAUUAAAAUGCUGUGUUUUUUCAAGCAUGAAAAUGUUCUGUCUGCAUUGGAUAUUUUACAACCACAUAGUAUAGAUUUCUUUCAAGAAAUUUAUGUUAUCACAGAACUAAUGCAGACAGAUUUGCACAAAAUAAUAGUCUCUCCUCAACCACUGACUUCGGAUCAUGUGAAGGUAUUUCUCUAUCAGAUUUUAAGAGGUUUAAAAUAUCUUCACUCCGCAAAUAUUCUGCAUCGAGACAUCAAACCCGGAAAUCUUCUUGUCAAUAGCAACUGUGUUUUAAAGAUUUGUGAUUUUGGACUGGCAAGAGUGCAAGAACUUGACGAAAACAAACAUAUGACACAAGAAGUUGUCACUCAGUACUACAGGGCACCAGAGUUACUUAUGGGAGCAUCACAUUAUUCUUCUUCUGUUGAUAUUUGGUCUGUCGGAUGUAUAUUUGCUGAACUUUUAGGCCGUCGUAUCCUCUUUCAAGCUCAAACUCCUGUACAGCAGUUGGAACUCAUAACUGACUUAUUGGGUACUCCCUCCGAAGAAGAUACUAAGACUGCUUGUCAUGGAGCCAGAUCUCAUAUAUUGCGACGGCCCCAUAAAGCAAAUUCCAUGGCUGCACUUUAUACAUUAUCUUCUCAAGCUACCCAUGAAGCUGUCCAUCUUUUAUGUCAAAUGCUGGUCUUUAAUCCUGACAAGAGAAUUUCUUGUGCUGAUGCAUUGACACAUCCGUACAUGGAUGAGGGAAGACUUCGUUAUCAUUCCUGUAUGUGCCGUUGUUGUCAGACCACGCCUGCAGGCCGUCAGUAUAUUACCGAUUUUGAGCCAGUUGCUCCUCAAGUUUUUGAUGAUUGUUUUGAGAAAGAUUUGACUUCUGUGCAUCAAGUUAAAGAUCGUUUGUAUCAGUUUAUAUAUGAACGCUACAAAGGGUUGUAUCGCAUGCCACUAUGUAUCAAUCCUCAUUCUGCAGCUUUUAAAAGUUUUACGAGAGAAUUUCCCCAGAACAAUCAUAUAAUUUCUCUAUAUAAGUGACUUUAGUCCAAUUCUUAAAUGACCUAGGAGUUAAUGUUUAGGCUUUGUCGUUCAUAUCUUGAGAUUUGCCUUAGAAUUUUCACAGUGGAUGAAUAAGAAUGCAUGCGGACUCCUGAGCACAUUUGUUACAGUCUGUCCUGUUCUUCUUGAUUUUUAUUUCUCAUAUAAUCUGGGGAAUAAGCAUAUACUAUUGUCAUACAAUAUUCAAGCUACAUGAAGAAUGCUAUUUAUUAAUUGACUAACUUAACCACUAUAAAUUAUAACUUUUCAAAAUUUUGUUUUUCAUGACAUAUUUUCUGCAGUGAUUUUAGAAAUAAUUCAUGCUCUUUUAAAAAAUUAUUUUGGUUGUUGGUGAAACUUUUUUUGUAACAUUCAGCUUGUACCUGAAGUGUGAAAUUUGAUAAAUUGUUCAGGGGUUUAUUUUGUACAUGAAGCAAAUAUGAUAAAUGUAGAAUAAUUUAUUAUUUAAUAUUAUAUCGAAAGUUGUUAUUACAAUGUUUGACUUGUUAACUUUAUUAUGUUUCAAUUUUUUAUGUAAUUGUAUCAUUGUCUGCAAAUCAGUAAAAAUUUAUUCUAAAAUCUUUAGGAGAGAUAAUGUAGGAGGAGAAAUCGCCUUGACUAAAAACGAAGUUUUUUAGAUAUAUUUCUUAGUGAUGCAUAUAUUCCCCCCUCAAACUAGAGUGCCUAUAAACUUUUACUACUGGAACACAUUUUAUUGUGCCUCAAAUAAAUUUUUUGUAACUUAUAUAGUAUAUGUAAUUUUUUCCAGUGUGAACUUCUUUGAUAAAUUCAUCUUUUGUUUUUUUUUUGGUGUAAAAAUGCAUAGCAGAUAUUUUUUCAAUGUUCUAAACUUUUGAGUAAAUUAUUGAUUUAAAAGUUGUUAUUUGGUGUACUUUGUGUAAAAUCAAGAGAAGUUUAUUAUUAUUAUUGCCAUUUCUUUAUUUGAAAAGUGUUAUUAAAAUGGAAGUCCAUACUUCUUGAUUUAAAAGGCAUAUGCCUAGUGAAAUAAAGUAGUAAUUUUAGAAUAAAAUAAUUUAAGUGCUUACACCAGUGACAUGAAGUUCGUAUUUUCCGCCUUUAAUCUUGUAUGUUUUGAAUGAACUAAGCUUUGGUGAGUGUGUAUUUAUUUGUGUGUACUUUGUAAAGUGCAGUUGUAUCAAUGCACCAAGUAUGCUUCAAUUUUUUUUUAUGAAUACAUCGGUGCAAACGUUGGUAAACAGUGCACAUUUCUAAGCUUUUGUUUAAAAAAAUGUGAUAUAAUGCAUUAUUACAUUGUUUAAUUAUAAUUAAUUUUUUUUUCACUGAAAAAUCGAUUAUUCCUAAAAUACUUUUAUUUGAGAAAAUUUAUAUAUGGAUUUCUUAUUGUUCAAGUUAUUUGUUUUGUUAUUUUUUGCUGAGUUUUAAAAUUUUAUUUUACAAAAAUUGGAAAUUAAGUAAUUUUGUUUAUCGAGCUAGUCAUUAGUUACUUGAAACAUAGCUUUCUUGUAUAUUCAGACUACACGAAAAUGAGAUUGUUAUAAUUGCAAAAAGUUACAUUAUUUUUCACCUAUCUCUUACCACCCUAAUUCGCACAGUUUUAAAUAUUUUGUUUUAACAUUAAUUGUAGUAUUUUUAUUCUUUUUUUUUUUCCUUAUUGUUACAAAAUUAGUACUAAUUAUAGCAUUUGGAUAAAAUUAAAAAGUUGAUUUGAAAGUUUAAUCAAUAUUGACUCACUUCUGAAUUUAUAUCAACUUAGCUAAGUAUAUAUAUGAUUAUAUGCUGUAUAACUCAUGUAUUGCUUAUAUCUUUCAGAUUUCUGUUGCAUCAUUAGUUAUUUUAAAUUGUACUUAUUUUCAUCAUCAAAAUAUUUGAAGACUAGCAGCAAGAAAAAUAUUCUAGGAAACUGAUACUUUAUUUUUUUUUCUCUCUAUGUUUUUAAAUUUGAACCUUCAUUAAGAUGUAAUAAUCUUCUAAAAGUGUGAAAGAUUUUUGUAUGCUUAUAAGUUUUUUUCAUCGUGUAUGCUCUGGACAUUUUUUUUUUUUUUUUUCUUUUUGUCUUGGUUUGUUUUGACUGUAAUCUAUAUUUGUUAGUAGUUUCAAAUUAUAUAUUAAUAUAUGUGUGAAAGAUUUUUCACAUGAAAGAACUGUAUUCAUUUCUUUAUUGUUAAUAUUCUCUUACAAGUUAUAGUAGUUAGAAGGUAUGUAAUACUUUUUACAAACUCAGGUAAAACUUAUUAACUUCAUACUUCUGUCAGUUAGUUCAGCUAGGCUGUUGUAACUACAGAAUGUCCUGUGUGGGAGAAAUAUGUAGUUUUUAAAUUGUCUGAUCUCACUAUGUUCGAAUGAAUAGAGGUCACUUAGGGUAUUUAUCUCGUCUUUGAAUACAUAUUUAUGCAUUGUAUUUUGAGUCGAUAGAUUUAAAUGCUUGUAAGUAAUUUUUUUGUUAUUGAUGUGAAAUAUGUUCAUGCGAAUGGAAGUUUUUCAGUAAUAAUUUAACAGAUUUUAUGAGAAAUGCAUUACAUAGAGUUGAUUAAAUUUCAUGCUUUGAAAAACAAAUUUUCCCCCAUUUCUUAUAAAUAUUGAAUUUUUGUUGAUCAGUUUUCGAAAAUUCCCUUGAAUUUGGUUUCAUAUUUCUACUAAUAGGAAUGAUCUUAUUAGAAAUUUGUGUUAAAUUACAUUUCACGCCAUAAAUAUUUUCUUGCUGAAUUAAUUUAUUUGAACUAAAUUUUGAUAUUAUGAGUAAUGUAUUUCUCAUUGAAAAAUAAUAUUUGUUAACAACUGGUGUGUGAUUGUGAUGUGCUUUGAAAUAAUAUAAUACUUGCAUUUUAUUAAUCAAUGCAAGCAAAACUUUCAUUUUGGUAAAUGGUGAAACUGUUGUAUGGAGUGUUUCACUGAGUUUUGUAGAGUUUAAAGAUUGAGUAAUUCUGCUUUACUCAUUCACAUUGGAGUAUUAAUGCUCUAAAUUUUUAGGAAGCUGGUAGAGCCCACUGUGUUCACAUAGCAAGUUACUUCAUUUUAUUUUUAUGACAUGUGCAUUAUACAAGUUAGAUGCCUAAGACUUUGUGGAACCAUUCCUUUGGUUCCUGUAUACAACGAAAAUUUAGUAAAUUUUGUAUAAUGAUGUUAUAUUUCAUUAAAAUUUAAUUGUGCUAUUUCAUUUACUAAUACAUGAGCAGUGGCAUAGCAGUCGGGGACGAAGAGCGUAUAAAUACCCUUGGGUAUCAGUUCUUAGGGGCACAAUGGGGGCAUAACAUUUGUGCUUUGAUGAAAUUUUUUAAUGAAAAAUAUGAGGAGGCAAAAAUAAAAAAUAAAAAAAAAUCAAGUUAAGCCCUGUACGCUUUUUUUCCAUGCUAAGCCACUGUACAUGAGUAGACGGUUUUCCACGCUUUUUUUCCUCUUGCUUAUAGAUUAUAAUUCUUGACUUGUGCACCAUUUUAUUGUGAGUUUUAACUGGCUUUAUUAUACUGACUUCUCAAUUUUAGCUAAAAUUUUUAUUGCUAGUCAUAUUGCAUCCAUUGUGUGAAAAUUGUCUGUGUAACUUAAAAAUUUUUAAAUUUUAGGGCAUUAUUUAGUUGGUAGAAUACUUUGAAUUUUCUGGUUCAUUCUUUACGAGGUAGCUUGAUUUAUUUAGUGAGGGCAAAAUGAAAAAAGUUGCUUAUGUAGAAUUGCCAGUUAUGUUUUCAUACUUUAAAAGUAACAUAAUUGGUGAUAAUAUUUUAUUUUAGAUCUUGUUCAUGUAACAAAUAAUAUCAAAGUAGUAUGUAUUUCAUGUAGUAACUUUGCCACAAUUAAAUUUGUAAGUUUAGGGUUGGGGUUCUUGUUAGUCUUUUUUUCAUUACUGUUAGUGUAAUCGUGUUUUCCUAUUGUUGAGCAUAUAAUUGUAUUCUUGCUUGCUUAGCAAGAGUUGAGAUUGCUACCUUCCACGGGAAAGCGAAACAUUGAUUAUAAACUUGUAAAUAAUCCUUAAUGUGCCGUCUGAACCUCAUAGCUGCAAGAUGUAAAGUUGUGUAUGUGUUUGCAGUUAUUCCUGUACUAAUUAAAAUGUGUGCCUUCUCCAUAUAAUAAAUUAGCACUGAUGUUUGUCUGUUGAGAGAGCAUUGUUGCUAAUUUUAGUUCUGUGAACUUGUGCUAAUUCUUGUACCUCUAUAACCUGUCAUUGUCCAGAUGCUGCUUUAUUAGCAGAAAGUUUGUAUCUUAGUAUCGAAACUUUAUUGUUAAUUACAGGUUACACUCUUUAGAAUAUUACCAUAAAGCACUAUCAAGAGUUUUUGUAUUAAAAUGCAAAUAGUUGUAUCUGUGGUAGAAAAAAAUUUAUUAAACUUCAAAAUAGCAAUAAAAAGAAAUCAGAUUUAUUAAAUUUUAUUCUGUUUUCUUAAGUGUCAUAGUAACAAUUUUGAUUUGAGAAAUAUUAAUAUGCUUCGUCUUAAAAUGAAUUAUCUCUUUAAAUGGUGUUUUUUCUAAACAUGCUUUUAUUAGGUAGAAGAUGCUGAUUGUCUUUAUGGUAAUAUUUUUAUGUUAGUGUAGCCAUGUUAUACGAUUUUUUUUAUGACCUAUUAUAUAUGAUGCUUAAAGCUUCUAAGAUUUUUCUCCUAGCACUGUGUUUGAUGCCAUUUCAUGAAGAUGCAUAUAGAAAUGUAAGGAAAUGCAGGUUAAUGCAUGUAUAUUUGUACCUCAUAACCUCGAUCACCUAUACUAUAAAACCAAUGCAUCUCCAUUGCACUCUACUCUGAUAACGUUUACCAUCAUCAUCAUGUUAGUCUGUACAUAGCAUUUUUUACUGGUAAUUUGUGAUAGCUUAUAUGGUCCAUGUAGUUUUAAAUGUUGUGACGUUCACAUAAUUAGCCUUCUCAAUGAAAAGUCAUUGUAUAUGUUAUUUCACUUUUAAAAGCUAUUUAAAAGCAGUGGCUCCUAAUAUGGUUGAUACCCAUUAGCAAUGUAGGUUUACAGAAAGAGCUUUCUGUUAUUUUGAAAGCUAUAAUAAAAAUGUACUCAACCUUUUUUUUUUAAAGAAAUCUAUUCUACUUGUGAUUUUCUUUGUAUUUCGUUUGCGUAAAACUUAUUUUAUCAUACGAAAGAUGGUAUGUGUCCAGGCCAUUUGUGAUGUUUCUCUACUAGAUUGUAUUUGUGAGCCAGCUUUGGAAGACGUUCUUUAACUAGCAUCUUUAUAAAUAAUCCUUUUUAAGCCUAAAAUGUAUAAUCAAUGCCACUGUAAUUGUAAUAUAGCCAUUUGAUGGCUUAGGUCAUAUAUUUAACUUGCAACUCUAUAGCAAUUUCUGGAACUUAAAAUGUACUAUAAUGGUACAUUUUAAAUUCUCAUUUUUAAAUUUUAUAACAAGUUUAUUUUUUCAUUUAAUAUUAUUAAAUAUCAAACUUGCUGAAAUGGAUAUAAUUAUUUUUUGUUUCUUCUACCAUUAAUAUGAAUUUGUUCCUUGAGUGGAAUAGUUAAUGCCCAUAUUUUUAAAUGGACAAUAAUAAAGUGGUUUAAAGAAUGUUUUUUGAAAUUAUAAAUUUUUUCUCUGCUUAUUUCUCAUAGUAAAUUUACUAACUGUCAAGUGGAGGAAGAGUGUCUUAAGUUUAUUCUAACUAUAGGAUACUUAACGCUGUUUAACUAUAUUUGCUAUUUAAUGUUAAUAGAAAAUAAUAACGAUAAUGGCUUUGUCUUGUAUGAAAUUUCUUGAUAGACAUUUUCCCCUUUUACUACAAGGAUAGUAAUUGUGAAAAAAUAAACUUAUAGAAACUGAUUCUAUCCUUUUUAUGAAAUUCACUUUUAAGCUAAACUUAGUUAUCAUUCAUAAUUAGGAUAUUCAUUCAUGAUGAGAGAAUACUUCCUUGUUCUUCAGCCAUGUUCAUUCUGUCAUUUAUUAAAACUCAUAGGUUCUUCUGUGUCUAUAUCCAUAUUAACACUAUGCAAGUAUAAUGCAGCAUUAUUAAUUGUGGUCCAGUGCAUGUUCUGCAAUUACUCUCUUCCAUUUGAACAUUCUGUUAGUAAAAACCAAAGAUGUUCAAAGAUGGUUACGGCUUUUGUGAAAAUAUUAUGGGCAAGUUGAGCUAUUAAAAAGUGUUUUAUCAUUUCAUAUCUGUUGUUUUUGUUGGUAUAUAAUUAGAAUUUGCUCAUCACAAUUUUCUUUCUUUAUUGUGGAUUUGUUUCAUUUUUUCCUGUUUUGCCUGAGUUUUUAUUUACCUGCACUAAUACUAAGUGAUGAACAUGUAAAUUAAUGCUUAUAUGUGUGAUUUGAAAUUCUUCUGCAAUGAAUGAAUUGCUUUUAAAUAGAGUAAUGUGAUUGUUGGUAUGUUUUAAUGUAUGCAACAGUAAAAGUUUUAUUACCAGACUGUACGCGUUGGUCACUCGUGUGAAUUUAGCUACUUUUAAUUAUUAGUAUAAAAAUAUCUGUUCUUCACUAUUGUUGAUUUUAUCUAAAGUUUGGUGCUUGUAUACUACUUUGUCUUCAGAAUUUUUCUGUGUAGUGCUAAAUUGAUAGGCUGAUUGUUCUUAGUAUAGUGUUUGAUUGGUACUUGAUUAUACUGCCUUUAUUACUAGUAUUUCGCUGAUAGUUAACUUCAAUUUUUAAGGAUUUUUUUAAAUUUUUAUUUUAAGGGUUAUAUAUAUUUUCUUUUGCCUUAAAUAUACCAAUUUAUCAUUAAAAGUUUAUUCCCCUCUACUCCACUCUAAUUCAAUAUGAAAUUCAGAAUUCUUUUUGCAUCUUAUUUACAUUUUGCUAUCUCAAAAAAUUGCAAGUAAGUUUUUAUUACACAAAACUAUUUAUAUCUAUAAAAUAUUUUUUUUUUUUAAAUUGAAGACUUUUGUUAAAUUAUGAAAACUUUAAUAUUCAACUUGAAUUUAAACUUUUGAAUUUAAAUUGUUUGACUCAUUGUAAAUUCCGUUAUAUUGCAAUCUGUUUUUGCUUUUUUUAUGUGAGGAAAAUUUAGUUUACAUAUAAUAUGCAAAAAUGAUUAAUGGUCGUAGAUAAUAUAUAUGUGAUAAAUCCUUGAUUUUUUUUUUUAGAAAUUAUUUUCACAAUCCAUUAAAAAUCAAUAGUUUUUAUAUAAAAUCUGAUACAAAUACAAUAUUUAAAAAUUCUUUACUUAAAAUUAAAUCUGUGCACAAUUUUUUGAAAAAAAAAUUAGUAAAUAAAAUUCUUUCCAUUCACGGGAAUUAUAAUAUUGCAAUUUGUAUUCCUUUGAUCUUUAAAUUUUUGAAAUACUAUUAAUAAUUGAUGUUUCACUAAAUGUUAACUUUUUUUCCCUACAAGCAAUAACGCUUUUUAUUGUAUAGGCAGUAUGAGAAGUACUGGAUAAUAGAACUUUUACUGCUUUUUCUACUUUGAUUGAAGGUAAAGAAUAGUCAAGUAUUUUUACUUGAUUGGAAAUAACUUCUUAAAUUUUUUCCACUGUUGUCUGUGUAAAUUUUGGUGAAUUAACCCUGCAAGACUUGCAGCCAACACCAAUAUAGGUCUUAGUAUGUUGCAGUUAAGUGUGUGACGUUUUAUUAAUUUCAUGUAUUUAAUAAUGUGUAAUGGAUUAUUUUCAGGUUUUUAAUAGGGGAGAUGUAAUGUGAAAACUAACCUAAUUUUGAAAUACCAUAUACACAUCCGUCCAUAAUAAUGUAGUGUCUUUAAUGCCAUACUUUUAAACAUUUAUUUUCUUCUUCCUGUGUGUUUAUACUUAUUCUUUGAUAAAUAUAAAGAAGUAUGAUAUGAAGUGAUCUUUAUUUUGGUAUUUGUGAAUAAUAAAUUGUAAGAAACUACCACCAUUUCUGUCUAAUGCAAUUUGGCAUUCUUGUAAAAGUUAAACUGGUUUGUAUUAAUUAAUUUAAUGUUAUGUUUCAAAAUUUCCUGUUUGAUUGUAUAAGUACUUCAUUUUAAAACGUUAUAUUGUAUUGCGGAAGUUGUGUGUUUUGGUGUUCGGCCAAGUAGAGUGCGAUUAUUAGGAUGUAAUUCCUUCCAUUUUUAAGAACACUGCCAUCCACGUAGUCUUAAUUGUAGCUCUAUUCCACAGAGCAUGUGUAAAGUGCUAAUGGCAGAUCUAGAUGUAUUACUGGUUUCUGUUUCAUAGAAUUAUAUAUAUAAAAAAAAAAAAAAUCUUUUAUCUAUUGAUUUGUUAUAAAAUGCAUUUUGGUUAAAUUUUUAACUAAGACAAAUUAUAUUUCAUAGUAGGAUGUUGGAUUUUCAAUAUUCAAAUUCUGUUUUAAUAAAGCAAUUGCAUGUAUCAUUUUGAUUUAAAACAUUUUGUUAAAAUUUAAAUCCUUUCUUUGCUGAGCAGAACAGAAAUUAUAUCAAUUUCGUUGUCCUUUUAAUGACUACUUUAGCUGAGCCCAAUUUUAAAUAAUCAAUUAAAAUUUGUAAGUAUUUUCCUUCUAUUGCAUAGAUAAGUAUAUUCCUCUUAUUGCGUGUAGAUGCUUUAAUUUUUUUAAUGCCUUUAACUUAAGUGCAUUAGAUUUCAUGAGAAAAAUAAGUGGUUUGCAGAUGGAAGAAGUUUAAAAAAAUAUCGUAAAGUUUUAUGAUUUAUUUUAUUUUUAACUUGAAAUUCAAUAAAUAGUCUCCUUACUUAUAUUAAAGACCCAAAAACAUCAAAUUACUCAUUAGAAUCUAAAGUAUUUUUUACUUUUGUUGGAUCAUGAUUGUACCAGGAUAAUCCUUCUCUAGGAUAUGAAAGUGCCUUCUUUGUUUUCUUUUUGGUGCAUGUAAUAUUGAUUUUUGAAAUUCAAUAAGCUAAAUUGUUUGAAAGUAUCUUUUACGUCUUUGAAAGAUUUAGUAAUUUAUUUUCUACUGAAUUUUUUUUUCAUGUAAAUUAUACAUAAUUAGCAAACUAAUUUAGUUAUUGCAUCAGUGGUUCAUAAUUGUCGCAGUAAUUUAAACUAAAAUAGGAUUCUUAUUAAUGAAAUAGAAACCAGUCAUUUGCAUUAUGGUUCUGUGUUAGUUCAUGUUGUGAUUUUUCCAUGCAUUAUCAGACCUGUAUUGGUGGUUAGAUGGUUGUGGUUUUGAAUUAAAAUUUACAUUCUAAAUUGAUCACUUAAAAAUAGAUAAUGUCAAUUUUUUUUUGCACACAUAAAAUAAAAUAUUAGUCUGGC